UGUGUAUGUGUGUAUGUGUUAGAAAGAGGAUGGAGAUGUCGGUCCAGGUUGUGACUGCGAAAAUGGCCGAGGUCGAGCUGAAAGAUAUUAAUAGCAGAAGUCUGCCUGCUGCGAUGCCAGUGCCACAGAAGGAAGAAGAAAAGUCGGCGAUUAAAAGCCAACCUGCUGCCCCUUCCACCAGCCCUGCUGUUUCGCCUGCGGCUAAGGUGGCUGCAGUCCCCGAUGCUCCUACUCUUCCAUCCCCAAGUCCGAACCUCAUGAAGAUGCCGCAGGCAUCUGUGUUGAAGCGGACUGAGCCACAGCACAACGGCGGAGAGGCGUUCACCAAUCCCGAUGGUACAGUAACUGAGGCUCCGAAGACUGUGAAAAAGCAAAUCCAGUUUGCUGACCAGAAGCAGGAGUUUAACAAGCGCACCACCAAGGUUGGCCGUCGCUCCCUGUCCCGCUCCAUCUCCCAGUCCUCCACAGACAGCUACAGCUCGGCUGCCUCCUACACAGACAGCUCAGAUGAUGAGACCUCUCCGAGAGACAAGCAGCAGAAGAACUCCAAGGGAAAUAGUGACUUCUGCAUCAAAAACAUCAAGCAGGCAGACUUCGGGCGGAGGGAGAUCGAGAUCGCUGAGCAAGCUGCCCGUCCUGCCUGUGCAGAGAUGCCUGCCCUGAUGGCUUUGAGGAAGCGAGCUCAGGGAGAGAAGCCACUGGCUGGAGCAAAGAUCGUGGGCUGCACUCACAUUACUGCGCAGACUGCUGUCCUGAUGGAGACUCUGGCUGCCCUGGGUGCUCAGUGCAGAUGGGCUGCCUGUAACAUUUACUCCACACAGAAUGAAGUUGCAGCUGCCCUUGCUGAAGGUGGGUUUGCUGUGUUUGCAUGGAAAGGUGAAUCAGAAGACGACUUCUGGUGGUGUAUCGACCGUUGUGUCAAUGUGGAGGGGUGGCAGCCCAACAUGAUUCUGGAUGAUGGAGGUGACCUCACUCACUGGAUCUAUAAGAAGUACCCCAACAUGUUUAAAAAAAUCAAGGGAAUUGUGGAGGAGAGUGUCACUGGAGUGCACAGGUUGUACCAGUUGUCUAAAGCUGGGAAGCUGUGUGUCCCAGCCAUGAACGUGAACGACUCUGUAACCAAACAAAAAUUUGAUAAUCUUUACUGCUGUAGGGAGUCCAUCCUGGAUGGUCUUAAAAGAACAACAGAUGUGAUGUUUGGAGGAAAGCAGGUGGUAGUGUGUGGAUAUGGAGAGGUGGGAAAGGGGUGCAGUGCUGCCCUGAAAGCCAUGGGCUCCAUUGUGUACGUCACUGAGAUAGACCCCAUCUGCGCACUGCAAGCUUGCAUGGAUGGUUUCAGACUGGUGAAGCUGAAUGAGGUCAUCAGACAGGUGGACAUAGUAAUCACUUGUACAGGUAAUAAAAACGUUGUGGUAAGGGAAUACUUGGACCGUAUGAAGAAUGGUUGCAUUGUCUGCAACAUGGGACAUUCCAACACUGAAAUUGACGUGGCCAGUCUGCGCACUCCUGAGCUGACCUGGGAGCGUGUUAGGUCACAGGUGGACCAUGUGAUCUGGCCUGACGGCAAGAGGAUUGUGCUGCUGGCCGAGGGUCGUCUGCUGAAUCUGAGCUGCUCUACAGUUCCUACCUUUGUGCUCUCCAUCACUGCAACCACCCAGGCACUGGCUUUAAUAGAGCUUUACAAUGCUCCAGAGGGCCGUUACAAGCAGGAUGUCUACUUGCUGCCAAAGAAAAUGGAUGAGUAUGUGGCGAGCCUUCAUCUUCCAGCAUUUGACGCACAUCUAACCGAACUGACGGAUGAGCAAGCAAAGUACCUGGGCUUAAAUAAAAACGGGCCCUUUAAGCCAAAUUACUAUAGAUAUUAGCCUUCUGUAAAAAUAAAAAAUAAGACCAGAAGAACAGUAGAGACCAGAACAAGAAAAGAAGCCUUUCAAAGCAGCUGUACAGGAUUUAAGAAGCUCGUGAUUUUAAAAAGCUGGACUUGGCAGCGAAGCAGACACACACAGCACAUUGAGCUUUAAUUAUUUAAACUGGAAUAUUGUAAUCUAACCUGCAGGCAGCCCUGGCUGCUGGGUCACUCCUGGAGUGGCUUGAGGAGGUUACAUGGAUUCAUUUUCUCUUGCGUAUCUUGUCAGUUCUAAGUAAUCUAUUAGAGGUGUUAUUGUAACCCUAAAGAGAGAUAUUGGAAACA